AUGCUGAAGAGGACCCACUGCAGGAUCCGAUUCCUGGCGAGUUUUAUAGGCUCGCUAGUAGCGGUGUGCCCGGCCGUUCAGUAUGGGCUAUUACACACCAAACGAUUGGAAAGAGAAAAAUUCUUAGCCCUAGAAGCCUCAAGCGGCGAUUUUGAAGCAGAAAUAUUUCUCCCAAAUUUUCUGAAGACGGAUCUCCUUUGGUGGAUCGAGAUCUUUACAGAUAAGCUCCAAAGAAAUUAUAUCAGGUCAGGACAAUUUAGCAUGGAAAUUUUUACCGAUGCCUCUCUAACGGGAUGGGGUGCAGUAUGUAACGGAACACGAACUCACGGCUUUUGGUCGCCUAGUGAGAAACAAUAUCACAUCAAUUACCUUGAACUUCUAGCAGUAUUUCAUGCAUUGAGAUGCUUCGCUUCUCAUAUGGAAGGUUCCGAGAUCCUUUUGAGAGUGGAUAAUUCCACCGCUAUUUCAUAUGUUAACCGUAUGGGUUCUGUCAAAUUUCCUACCUUGUCUGAUCUAGCUCGUGAGAUUUGGUGUUGGUGCUCCCGAAGAAAUAUAUUUAUUUACGCUUCGUAUAUUCCUUCUGCUCAAAAUUUCGAGGCGGAUGCAGAAUCACGCAUAGUGUCAGAGGAAACUGAGUGGUCCCUCGGAGAGCAAUAUUUCGACGAGAUUGAGGCAGCUCUAGGCCCUUUCGAGAUAGAUUUGUUCGCUUCAUCAAUCAACAAUAAAUGCCGUGAUUUUAUAUCCUGGCAUCCAGAUCCAUUAGCACAAGCAGUUGACGCAUUUUCAAUGAGUUGGAAUCAAUUUUAUUUUUACGCCUUCCCUCCUUUUCUCUUAAUUCUAAAGGCCUUACGGAAGAUUAUUACCGAUAGGGCGGAAGGAGUGGUUGUGGAAGAUCCAUCCAGCCUGGAAGAGAAUUUCCCUGGCGGCCGCAAGAUUAUCCGGCAAGCUUUCCGGCUCAAAGGAACGCCGCCGGCAGCGUUAGAAACUACUCUCGCAUCAAUAUCCGAGGCCACAGUGGCACAAUACACCAAACCGAUUAGAGAGUGGUGGCAUUUUUGUAGGCAGAAGCAAAUCGGCUGCUUCACAACGCCGGUUCCCUUAUUUCUGGAAUUUUUAUCUUCCACCUUAUCUGAAAUAGGCUCCUAUUCCACCCUUAACACAUAUCGUUCAGCCAUAUCCCUUAUCUCUCUUAAUGAGGUCGGUUCGCACCCUCUGGUAAAGAGGUUCUGUAAGGGCGUCGCGGUUCUGAAACCACAACGUCCACGUUACGAUUUUGUCUGGGAUCCAUCUCCAGUGUUAGAUCACCUAGCCAGUCUACAUCCAUAUGAGAGUCUAUCGCUCGAAAUAUUGUCGAAAAAACUAGCGACAUUAUUUGCCCUUACAACGGCUCAAAGGAUGCAAACCCUUGCGGCCAUACAACUUUCAAACAUUACCUUAACAGAUUCACUAAUUAUUAAAAUUCCGGCCAGACUUAAAACUUCCGGAAUCGGAAGGUCUCAGCCAUUACUAUUUUUUAAACCCUUUCUGGACAAACCAGAACUUUGCAUUUUUUCUUUAGUUAAAUUUUAUUUGAACGUUACAACCAACCUCCGUCCCCAGAACUGCGACUCUUUCUUUAUUUCAUUUCGAACCCCUUACAACCCAGUUUCUUCCCAGACUUUGGGAAGAUGGGUUAAGUCAGAGCUAGACGCGGCAGGAGUAGACACAAGCAUCUUUUCUGCUCACUCUACUCGCCAUGCAGCGACGUCUCUAGCAGCAAGCAAGGGCAUUAGUCUAGAAGAAAUCCGUCGCACAGCCGGUUGGACCAAAUCGUCAGAAGUUUUCGCCCGUUUUUACAACCGGACAAUAAUUAAAGAUUCGUCAUUCCAGGACGCAAUUCUGAAUAAAUAA